AUGCUGACGGCCUUCGCGGUCUUGAUCCUCGGCCAGGACUUGCCCGAUGGGAAUUUCCGGCGGCUGGAGAAUUCAGGGGACCAAAUCGCGGCUGGAGAUUUCUGGAGAAUUUCGCAGUUGAUUCCUUCAGUGUUCGUUGAAAAUCGCGGGCACAUUGGGAAAGACGAGAAGUCGGUGAAGCUUCAGGUUGCGGAUAAAACUUGGCCAGUGGCACUAGGUAGAGGACUAGAGGUAGGCACUACAUUGUAUUUUACUAACUACUCUAGGUCGUUAGGGUUAAUCUCGGGCAUGACGGGAGGAGGAGGGAACGUGAGAGCAGUGAUAACUCAGCUGGCAUUCUUCAAAGGUUCAAGAUAUUCCAAGCAGUGCUGCACUCUCCCUCUAUGUUUGAUCAACUUCUCGCAGUGGGGUGGAAUGUUUUCGGCCGAUCGCAGCAGCUCAUCUUCGUCGCUGUCUGUCACCGAAGAGGAUUACUACAUAUGGAGCUCACAGGAGAAGGAGAGAGGCCUGCAUCAGGCUAGCUUGAAGUUUGCUGAAAAUAGCAGGAGGGAGCGAGGGAGAAGAUCGGCUUGCAAUACUGCACCGACUAAUGACACAUCCUCGUCAUCAUCAGCAGAAUUUGUGGUUUGA